GGACAUACCGGUGCGCGGUGCCCAUCACAAACCAGCAGCGAUGCCUCACUCAUUGUUCCCCCUGUGGGUCCUGGGACUGAUCACCCUCUCAUCUGCCUGUUACAUCCAGAACUGCCCCCGAGGAGGGAAAAGAGCGCUGCCGGAGACUGGGCUCAGACAGUGCAUGUCUUGUGGCCCCGGAGACAGGGGCCACUGCUUCGGCCCCAGCAUCUGCUGCGGGGAGGGUCUCGGCUGCCUGCUGGGCUCCCCGGAAACAGCUCACUGUGUGGAGGAGAACUACCUGCUCACCCCCUGUCAGGCAGGAGGGAGACCCUGUGGAUCUGAGGGCGGACGCUGUGCUGCUUCAGGACUCUGCUGUAACUCAGAGAGCUGUGCGGUGGACCCUGACUGUCUGGGGGAGGCCGAGCCCUCAGAUCUGGCCCACGGCUCUGCAGGAAGAUCGCCUGCGGAGCUGCUGCUGCGUCUGCUGCAUGUGGCCACGAGAGGACAGACUGAGUACUGAUACUGUUGUCUGUGGAGGUUCCUCUGCUUUCAUUGCCUGGAGGUGCAACAGAACAAAGAUCAUCCCUGAACCACUGUAAGCCUUGACAUGUAAACCACAAACCAAUAAAAUGCCAAGUCAAA